GGCCGUGUCCGAGCCAUGGCCGAGCCGGGCGCCCGGCUGCGCUGCGGCCGCCCCCUGCUCCUCCUCGCCUGCCUCUUCGUGCCCGUCCUCGGCAAGCCCGGAGCCGGCCCCGCCGCCCGUGCCCCCUACGCCGGCGUAUCUGAACCGUCUUUUAUUGCUAAAAGUGAAGAUCGCUUGUUUAAACACUUAUUUGAAGACUAUCAAAGAUGGGUUCGUCCAGUGGAACGCUUGAAUGAUACAAUAAAAAUCAAGUUUGGUCUUGCAAUCUCUCAGCUAGUAGAUGUGGAUGAGAAAAAUCAAUUGAUGACAACAAAUGUCUGGUUGAAACAGGAAUGGAUAGAUGUAAAAUUAAGAUGGAAUCCUGAAGACUAUGCUGGAAUAACAUCUAUUCGUGUCCCAUCAGAUUCUAUUUGGAUUCCAGACAUUGUGUUGUAUGACAAUGCAGAUGGACGUUUUGAGGGAACGUCUACAAAAACUGUGGUAAAAUAUGAUGGCACCAUUGCUUGGACUCCACCAGCUAACUAUAAAAGUUCUUGUACUAUUGAUGUAACCUUCUUUCCUUUUGACCUCCAAAACUGCUCUAUGAAAUUUGGUUCCUGGACUUACGAUGGCUCACAAGUUGAUAUAAUUCUAGAAGAUUAUGAUGUUGACAAAAGAGACUUUUUUGAUAAUGGAGAAUGGGAAAUAGUGACUGCAACAGGGAGCAAAGGAAAUAGAACUGACGGAUGCUGCUGGUAUCCCUUUGUUACAUAUUCGUUUAUAAUUAGACGUCUGCCACUCUUUUACACGUUGUUUCUCAUUAUUCCUUGUAUUGGACUUUCAUUUCUAACUGUCCUUGUCUUCUAUCUUCCUUCAAAUGAAGGUGAAAAAAUUUCCCUUUGCACUUCAGUCCUGGUAUCUUUGACUGUUUUUCUUCUUGUCAUUGAAGAGAUUAUUCCAUCGUCUUCUAAAGUUAUCCCACUUAUAGGAGAGUACUUGGUGUUUACUAUGAUAUUUGUGACAUUGUCCAUUGUGAUAACUGUCUUUGCUAUCAAUAUUCAUCAUCGCUCUUCGUCUACACACAAUGCUAUGGCACCUUGGGUUCGCAAGAUAUUUCUUCACAAGCUUCCCAAGCUGCUUUGCAUGAGAAGUCACGUAGAUAGAUACUUUGCGCAGAAGGAGGAAACAGGAAAUAUGAAUGGAUCAGAAUCAUCUAGGAACACCUUGGAAGCAGCUCUAGAUUCUAUCCGGUAUAUUACGAGGCAUGUUAUGAAGGAAAAUGAAGUUCGUGAGGUUGUUGAAGACUGGAAAUUUAUUGCUCAGGAUACAUGGAUAUUGAGAUCUCUGUAUCAGCUAUGGAAAGAGAGGCAAAGGCAAUUAAAUGAGAUGUCCAAGUUGCACAACUGUUCUAAUAGAAUUAAGUUUUUAAGCACAAGUAGCAGGAAUUUGGAGAAUGCAUUUCUGAAGGAAAUAGGCUGAAAAUGCUUAUGCCAUAUAACAAAGUACAGACUAAUGGAGUAAUGUCAAGGAAGAACAAAUCUUGGUAAGUUUUUUGUUUGGUUAAAUUCUCAGACCAAUUAUAGCAUGUUUAGGUGAAAAGUUUAAUGUAAAUUGUUAUAUUGUUAAUAAUGUAAGUAAUAGUAGUUAUGGAUUUGGGGAAAAGAUACAUUUUUCCUCUAUCACCUUUAGAAUAGCUCUGUUUGACAUUGUACUGAUUAUAAUACCGAUUGCUCAUGUCAUAACAUAUAUAACUGGAAGUUUAUUUCAAAUUCUUUCAUCUGCAGGAUGUUCUUGGUUUUGUAUAGCUUCUUCAGUCUCACGGGCAGGGAAAUGAUGCCAACCAAUGUUCUAUUUUUUUAUAAUUUUUAAAAUCUAAUUUCAAAUAAUUACGAUUGAAAAAGGAAUCUCUUCUUAGAUAUACAAUUACAUCUGUCAUUAGAUAUCAGUAUAUUCUGUAUUCCCACAAUAACUUAUUUUAAAGUUGAAUUUAUAAUGAUUAUCUGAUUUAAUCUAUUAAUGUAAUUUUUAACUUUCUCAGUAUUACUAAGACUAAUGCAUGAGUAACUUUGUGUGAAAAUGUAAAGUACUUUAGCUAUCUUCUUUUCUCUUCAAAAUCAAAUUUUUUUUUUAUAGUCCUUGUUUUUGAAUUGCUUAUUGAAAUUUAUCUGAACAGAAAACAAAGUAAGGAAAGGUAUAGACUAGCUAUAUAUAUAUAUAUAUAUAUAUAUGUAUAUAUAUAUAUACACACACACAUACUACCUCCCUUACUGCAUCUUUUUGUUCAAUGAUGACCGGAGGAUACUGCCCAAUUAUAUCAUGAGAUGUUUGGCAGCAUAUUGGCAAUGGAGUCCCAAUCUUUAUACUAGUAACUAACAAUUUUUGCAAAUCCUUGAAAUUCUUUAAGGUGUUUCUAUAAUCAUAUGAUAUGUUCAGAUUAGAAAGAUGAUGCUCAAAUCCUUGGUGUCUCCAGCCCAUCCUGAGGUG